AUGCGAGUGACACUAAUGGGAUUUGAUUUUGUAGUCAGGUAUCGACCGGGUAAGUCUAAUCCAGCUGACUGGAGUUCCAGGCAUCCUGAGACAUUGGCUUCAGAGGAACAUCAGGAAAUAGAAGAUUACGUUAAUAUGGUAAUAGGGUCAAAGAAUACGAGAACAGUGGCAUUGGAUGAUGUCAAACGUGAAACACAGGAAGAUGAGAUUUUGCAAAAAGUUGUGUAUUCAGUUAAGCAGCAAGAACCUCUUGGUAAAGAGGUGGGAGUAAAAGCGUAUGCAAGUGUGAUGUCUGAGCUAUCGGUGAUAGACGGUGUGUUACUAAGGGCAGAGCGACUGGUAGUGCCUGAGAAACUCCAAGAGAAGGUAGUAGAGAUUGCGCAUGAGGGCCAUCAAGGAAUAACCAAGACUAAGAAUUACUUGAGAAGUAGACUGUGGUUUCCAGGAAUGGACAUAUGACUGAAAGAAUUAUUCGUGGAUGCAGGCUAUGUCUAAUUGCAACUCCACAGACCGCCAGAAUGCCAUUAAAGAUGACCCCAUUGCCCAAUGAAAGGAUGGAGAAGAUAGCUGCUGAUUUCUACGGGCCACUGCCGACUGGAGAGUACCUGCUUCUAGUUACUUGCAAGUACGCAAGAUGGAUAUUCAUCGAAGUGGUGAAUUCUACGGCAGCAAGGUCGGUCAUACCCAAGUUGGAAAGAAUUUAUUCCGAAUUUGGGUACCCCUCGGAGAUUAUGGCAGAUAAUGGACCACUGUUUCGAUCACAGGAAUUCAGGGAUUAUGCGGCGGAAUGUGGAUUUCAAGUAAGGAAUAUUACACCAGCAGAACCGAAAGUGAAUGGCCAGGCGGAAAGAUUUAUUAAGAAUAUAACAAAGACGGUGCAAACAGCAAUGGCAAAAAAAGGAAUCUAG